GGGGUCUCUUCUAAUUCCCACUACUAAAAUCCACCAAAGUCUUUCAGAGCGCAAAACCCUUCUGGGCCAUGGCGGUUUCUCACGCCCAGACCCAGACCUCCGAUUCUCACUCUCACCCAUCUGGGUUUGAUAAAGUAAAUUAUGAAAAUGAUCAUAACCACCCCCAAUUCCAAGACACUGAUCCCAUUGAUGAGGCUUUGGUGCCUGAUGGCCUAUUCAUGGAGGACACCCAGGUGCUGGAUUAUUCAGAUUGCGAUGAGAAGAUGAGGACUGGUGUGACUGGGUUUGAGGAGGAAGUGGUGCUUGAUAGUGAGGAUGAGGAAGUUAAUGGAAGCAGAAUAGUGACUCUUGUGAAUAUGUCGUCGGAUCAAAUAUGCGCUGCAGGGUUAAGCUACGUUGACUCUCAGGAACCUGGGGAGGAAUCACAAGCCAAUGCACUUGGUUUUGUAGAUCAGUUUGUGUCGUUGAACGAUGAUCUGAGUUUUGACCUUCCAGGAAUUGAUAUAAAGAAAACCACUAAGGUGAAAUCCCUUCCUGUUACAAGUAUUAAGGGGACUCAAAGUUUGGCGAAGAUGGUUGAGCUCGGGUCUCAAAAUGAAAAAGCCAAAGCCUUUGAAUGGGUUGAUUCUGAGGAGGAUGGGGCCUUUUAUUUUUCAGACAAGAAGAUGGAAUCAUCUUUGGUUAAUUCUGAGGGCAGGGAAAGAUCUGGUAUUGCAAGGAAGGAGAAAGUCAGGCAUGCUUAUGACACAAAAUGUACUCGUUCAGGUGAUGGGAGCAAAGAGAAGAGUAUAAUUCAAAACCUCCAUAAGGAAAUCACAGAAUCUGAAGGCAAGAUUGAAAACGAGUCUCUCAAUGCAUCAGAAGAUCAUUUAGAUGGAAAACCAACAGAACUGCAGCUGAAACCUAGUGAUGAAGAAGAAAAUGUAGUUGGCAUGUUUGAAGUUGGUUUUGACACCCAAAUUGCUGCCGAAGCUAUGGAGGCCUUAGCAUAUGGGGCUCAUCCUGGCCACAACACUGUGGAUGUUGAUUCAGGAGGCGCUGCAAAGAAUAAGGCUCAUAUUGAUCAGUCUCUUCAAAAGAGUGAUUUUUCUAAUGUGGAAGGCGUUAGCAAGAAUGUAAAUAGAAGAAAUCGUUCCACUAGAACACCAAAGAGAGCAGGUGUUUUAUUUCAGAAAGAAUCUAAGAAGCAAGAGUUAGGUCCUGCUUUGGCAGCAGUUACCAAUUUGAAAAGAACCAGAUUCUUUGGUGAGUCUUGUAGUAAUUCUGCCGAGGCCAACAAUAAUUUAUGUACAGAAUCUCCCAAGUCUGUCAAAACAAGGAAGCUGCAGAGUGCAGCUGAUUAUUCCAAGGGUUCUACUGUAAAACACCAGAUUAUCGAGUCAAUAUCAGGGGUUAUGCCAAGAAAAAUGGAAGAUGCAUCAAACAAUGGUAUUGUUACUUACAGAAGAAAGAAAAGGAGUUUAAAUGCUCAAUCACCCGAAAUGAUCAGUAGUGCUGAGGCUGUUUCAAAUGGGCUUGUAGACAAGAAAAACAAAGUUAAGAAAGACAAGAUUGUCACUUACAGGAGAAAGAAGAGAAUCAGUGGAAAAGGAAGUCAUACCGCGUAUGUUUCAUUUGAGGGAAAAAGUAGCAGAAAAUCAUGUAGCUUAAAUUUAGGUCUAUGGGGUCAUCCCAAAGGGAAAAGAACACGUCGCUGCUCGAAGCGAAAUCUGCAGAGCUCCUGUUCCUUCUACUCCAUUUCCUUAAAAAACAAGUUUGACGGAACCUUGUUGGAAACGCAAUCUGGCAAGCUAGUUGGCACAGAUCCUACAUUCUCUGGUAAAGAAUAUACUGCUCCGUCUAACUCCAUGUCUGGCAUAAGCAUGGGAUCAUCCAAAGAUGUGUCUCAUCGCAAAAAGCCAUGCAACAAAAACUCACCCAAAUCAUAUCUCAUGAAAGAGCUUAUUGGACUAGGUGUCUCUGGGUCAAUGCCAGAUUUUGCUUCAAAAGAUUUGAGAAGACGAAAAAGUAUGGCCUAUGUUCAGGUUCUGUUUAGCCAGCAUUUGGGUGAUGAUAUUAUCAAGCAGCAGAAAAAGAUCAUUGCUCGUCUGGGCCUAUCUGUUGCUUCAUGUUCUAUGGAUGCAACACACUUUAUAACAGAUCAAUUUGCACGUACAAGGAAUAUGUUGGAAUUCAUCGCUCUUGGUAAACCAGUGGUUACACAUUUGUGGCUUGAGAGUUGUGGGGAAGCAAACUGUUUGAUUAGUGAGAAGAGCUAUAUUCUGAGGGAUGCCAAAAAGGAAAAGAAAAUUGGAUUUAGCAUGCUUGUUUCACUGGACUGUGCAAACCGGUGUCCACUUCUAAAGGGUCGAAAAGUCUUCAUUACUCCGAAUAUUAAACCUGGAAAAGAAAUGAUUACUAGCUUGGUGAAGACAGCUCAGGGGGAGCCAGUGGAGCAAGCCCAGAUACGUACAGCAAAAGGUAAAAAAAAUCUCGACAAAUUAUUGAUUCUCUCUUGCGAAGAGGAUGAAGCAAUCUGUCUACCUUUCCUUGAAAAAGGUGUAGCAGUUUACAAUUCUGAACUCUUGCUAAAUGGUAUUGUUAUCCAGAGACUGGAAUACAAGAGACAUCAGCUCUUCACCGAUGUCGUCAAGAAAGUCCGGCCUUAGGCCUCUGGUAAUUUUGGCCUACCACAAUGUAGAGAACUGUGCAGAAUCGUGCAGCUAAUUUGCUCUUGUCAUCUUCGAAAUGCUCUUCCAUUGACAAAUGCCAACUUGGCACUUUGGCAGGGUUAUUUUUUUAAACCUGGUAUACUGUUUGGCAUGGUGAUGUCAGUUUGUAGACUGCUUUUGCGGUUAGGCCUGGAUAUAUAUGUUAAUAUCUACAUCAAGAAUCAGCUUGUCAAGUUCGUGGUGUA